AUGCAUGUUUUGAAAUGGAUUCUGUUUUUUGAUAUAAAAGAAGAAUCUCCGAUUGUUCCGAUUUGGAUUUCAUUUCCGAACUUACGAUUGCAUUUUUUUAAUUCUAAAGUGCUGCAUGCGUUGGGUUCUAUCUUCUGGAGACCUCUCCAAACUGAUCAGGCUACUGCUUCUAAAACCCGUCCCUCUGUAGCUAGAGUUUUGGUUGAGGUGGAUAUAUCGAAAAAACACCCGAAGGAAGUUUGGGUGGGUUCUAAAGCUUAUGGAUAUAUGCAAAAAGCUGAAUUUGAGAAAUUUCCAGAAUUUUGUAAUCACUGUAAAAUGCAUGGUCAUGCCGUCGCUGAUUGUUUUAAACUUAAUCCGGAUUUGAAGAAAAAUGUUGUGCAACCUAACGGAGGACCUGGAUCUACCGUGAAUAACAAAGUGUAUGUGCCCAUAGUGAAUAAAAAUUUUGAAGAAAAUGUUAUUCAGGCGGAACCGUCCUCUGCUUUGCACAAUGUGUCUUUGGAUGCUGGUGAAAGAAAUGUUUUGGGAGAAAAGGAUUCUGGUAAGGAGAUCGUUCCGGAUAAAUCAGAGGAGGUUUUAAAUAACGUUGGUAAUUUUGUUUUGAACAACAAGGGAAAUGAAAUUGUUUCUGACCCUAAGCUUUUUAUUUUAGUUGAUGAUAUGUUAAAUGAAAUGCCUAUCAAUUCUAAUUCCGUGGCUAUUGAAAAUGCUUUGAUUGCUAACCAGGAUAUUACUUAUUUAGGGGAUGGCGGCUCUAAUUCAAACUUGGAAACAUAUGAGGAAGGGGAAGUUAUUCCUGUAUCUAAGGUUGAUCUUUCCUCUCUUAAUAAUCAAGAUUCCUCUUCUUCCCCUUCUAAUUUGAAGGUUCAUAAUGUUGUGGAGGAGGAUUUGGUUUGUAAAGGUGGUAAGAAAAAAGGAAAACAAGGUAAAAAUAACUGCCCGUCUACACCGAGAUCUACCAGAGCUCAUAAUUCUUACAAAGAAGGUAAUGGUUAA